UUUUUUUGCUAUACUUUCCCCUAUUUGACUUACUCCUUUUCCUAUACGUUAAAUAAAUUGUAUGGGAAGAAAAAGAGGUGUGUGUGUGUGUGUGGGGGGGGGGUGGUUGGUUGCCAGUUCUUCAAGUGGGGUCCGGUGCCAGUCAGCGAUUGGAUAUAUACUAGACGCCAAGGUUUGGAUAUCCAUUUUUUUUCAACCACCGACACAUAAAUUUCCAAAAUUAUCACGUGUGGCCCGGUCAUGCCUGCUGCUGGGGGCGAUGGGAUGGUGAUGGUGAUGGUGAUGAUGGUGAUGAUAGACCAUCAAUGAGGCUACGUAACUGCUUGCAGAGGUGUCUGGUUUCAAGGAGAGACACACAAGCCAGCAGCAGAUCCGAUCUACAGUAUCGCAUCAAGAAGAAUGAAGCCUCUUUUAGAUCAACCCCACUGUCCAUUCGUUGAUGAAACAAAGAAAAAAGAGGCCAUCUCUGGCCCUGGCUCUACAAGUCAUCGCUUCGCUUCGCGUGUUGUAUUGUGUUGAGAUCGCCUUCAGAUGCGCGUCGCUCAUCAACAACAGAGCGGGUACAAUGUACUACUUUGCGAGGGAUGAUAUCACUGAUUCAUCCGAGCCCAUCGAGCACUGCUUUUGUAUCACCCUCGCUCGUGUAUUAGUUCCGUACGACAGGGUUCCCAACUAUUCUGCAAGAAGCAUCCUUCCAGUGUACUUGGUCGACAGAGAGAGAGAUUGAGACAAAGAAUGUGAAAAUCUACUUGGUAGCAGCAGCUGCUGUAUUAAGGGAUGCAGGUUCCCCCGUCCAGAAACAAGCACGGGAACUGUGAUUGAUGUUGAUUGUUGCUGCUUCUGCUGUUCACGACUUCAAGACUUCAAGACGACGACGACGAUGACGACAGGCUCAAGAAAAUCUGUGGCACCAUUCACUACCAGAAGCGCAGAGGGGUGCAACAUGCGGGUGGGCCGAAUGUGCAAAGGAGAAAGGGAAGGUUGAAAAUUCUAGAUCAUGUCAAACAAGAAUAAAAAAGAGGACAGGGUCAU